CCGAGCAAGCUCUCCCCUGAUUUAAAGCGCUGUUGUAAAGCCAUUGACAUUGAAAUGCAUGGAGUUCUUACACUUUGUGUUACCAUGCCGUCCCCUGGGCACUUCUACGUGGCUGACGCAGCGCAGCGAGUACUUGGCAGCUCGUAAUCUCUAUCGGGCCCGGAGCCUAAUCCUUGUUUGUGUGUGUGAUUAGCGAGUGAAUCUGUGUAGCAUUAGCUUGUGUUGGUGAGGAUCAAUUGUCCGUAUGGAUUGUCUCGACGGAGCUCCUGGAAAGUUGAGGAACUUCAAGAAGAGUGACUUUGGGCCCGACUGGAUAAAAGUGGCUGAGCGCAGGUUCAGCAAAGUGUACCGAGUCAGGCUGAAUGUCUGGAGGGAGCAAUGUGCCCUGAAAUGCUUAGAUACCAGCGUGUCGGCAAACAAAUUCUACAGAAGAAUGACAGAGGAGGCCUCAGAGAUAGCAAAAGUGAAAAUCAAAUAUAUCGUUUCCAUCUAUGGGCUGUGCAGCGAUCCUGCUGCGGUGGUGAUGGAGUGGAUGAGUAAUGGCUCCCUGGACCAUCUCCUGGACAGUCACACCAUCAUGUGGCCCAAGAAGUUCCAGAUGAUUCACGAGGUCACCAUGGGCAUGAAUUUCCUCCACAGCAUGACUCCCCCCAUGCUUCAUCUCAACCUCAAGACGUCCAACCUACUGCUCGACGAGCACCUCCACAUCAAAAUUUCAGAUUCCGGGUUAAUAAAGUGGGAAGAGGGCUUGGACAAGGGGAUUUUCCUGGAUUACCUGACGUCAAGAGGGAACAUCAGUUACAUUCCUCCUGAGAUGUUCAACAUGUCUCCCCAACCCCCUGGAGCUGCUUUUGACGUGUAUAGUUUCGCAAUUGUCAUCUGGGAGAUUCUGACACAGCAAAGACCGUACCCAGGGCGCAGUGUGACCACGCUACUGGUGCAGGUAUCAGGGGGUAAGCGGCCCUCUGUAGACAUGGUGCCUGACGACAAGCCCCCUGAGUGUGGCCAGAUGAUUGACAUCAUGGAGCAAUGCUGGGACCAGGACCUUCACACAAGGCCAUCGUUUGCAGAUAUCGUGAGUAAAACAGAGGUGCUCAGCGAAGUCCUGAAGAUUCCAGGCAUCAACGGUUCUGUCAAGCAGAGACCAGAAUACCUUCAGCUGAUCAGUCCACCGCAGAAGAUUGCGCAUCCGGACAUGGCUGACCUUCCUCCAGGUUCUACCGCCAUGCUGUCGCUCCUGAGAAAGAAGGAUUUUAAAAGUUUCCGUCAGUCUGUGCAGAAGGAGCACACCUCAACGUUGUUCUCAGAGAACAACACUCUGCUUCACCACACCGUCGCUACCGGGGAUGCAGAGAGUGUCCGGCAUCUCCUUCAUCUCGGUGCCGAGGUCAACUGCAAAAGCGCCAGGGGUUACACACCUCUCAUCGUCGCCGUCCUACACAGGAUGCAUGAGAUCACGUCCCUGCUGCUGGAGCAUGGGGCGUCGGCGACCAACUUAGACCAGGACCAGUGGACGCCGCUUCACUUCGCCUGUCAGAACGGCGACGACAGGACGGCGCGGCUUCUGUUGGACCACGCAGCGGAGGCGGACGCGCCGGACACCAUGGGCUGGAUCGCCCUCCACCUGGCCUGCCAGAACGGCCACGAGGCGGUGGUGCGGCUGCUCCUGUCUCGGCAGCCGCCGCCACCGCCGCCGUCGACGACGGAGGAGGGGGGGGCGGUGGCGGCGGAGGCGCUCAGUCGAGCCGAGCUGAAACAUGGGAGAGUGCCUCUUCACCUGGCCUGCUACUACGGACACCUGGGCAUCGCCAAGCUGCUUCUCUGCAAGGGGGCCGACCCCAACGCUGCCGACCGCUCCCGGGCCACCCCCCUGCACCUGGCGGCCGAGGGGGGCUUUAACCGGGUGGUGAGGCACCUGGUGAAGAGCGGGGCGCUCGUCGACAGCGUGGACAGCAGUGGCUGCAUGCCGCUGCACGUGGCCGCCUGCAAGGCCCACAGGGGCAUCUGUAGGACACUGCUGUCCGGCGGGGGCCACCCCGACCCCCGGAACGAGCAGGGCUGGACCCCUAUGCAUUUGGCCGCGUCCAAAGGCCACAGGACCACUGUGCUCGAGCUGGAGAGUCAGGGCUGCAGUGUGAACGCCAAGGGGGAGAAUGAAUGGACGCCGCUGCACCUAGCGUGCAAACAUGGCUAUGGAGACAUGGUGGCCGAUCUCUUGGCUGCCAAGGCAGAGCCCAACGUGGUGGAGAACAUAGCGGGCAGGAUGCCGCUACAUCUGGCCUGCAUCAGUUGCAGUUUCACCAGCGUGCUGGAGCUUAUCUUGCAUCAGGCGGAGGUCAACGCGGUAAACAAGUACAAUGACACACCGCUACACCUGGCGGCAAAUCACGGCUGCGCUGCCAUCGUGAAGGCCUUGCUACUCAAUGGGGCUGACGGGACUCUGCUGGAUUCCUCUGGUUCCACAGCACUAGAUCUGGCCCGGAAGGGGCAACGGGAGGAAAUAGUACAGCUAUUGGUAAAGACAUAAUCCAGACUGCCAAAGUACAGUGCUAGCAACUCAGCCCUAAAUAGGUUGGUAACAUACCGGGGCGAAGCGUCCACGCAGUAUGUAUAGGAAAAUGUGUAACGUUUUAUUUCAAUAAAAAAUGUAUCAACUUGUAAAAAGAAAGGAUUUAGUGAUUGCAUCACCAAAGCCGAGCAGGCAUUCCAACCGAGGAGCAUUACUGGCUGAUAGGGAGAACUCCCCUCUUCACCUGGAUAAAUUAAAGAAGAAACUCUGCCAACCCUUUCGCUUUAUCUCUAACCGUAAGUCCCAUAUUCACCAUGCUUGAUUUAUAUCGAUAAAAUCUUUACGUGUAAAGCCAGACGAGACGACUCUGUUUCCAACAACGUCAGCUCGUCAAAAGCUAGAUCCGGCGAGUGGUGAAUUAGAGGAGAUAGGAAGAGGGUAUUGAUUGUCAGCCAGGGUCCAUUUAUUCCCUCUACAUUACAAAAUAAACAUGUGGCAUAAGUUGAAAUGAUAAAUGGAUGGCCGUCCAUGCUCGCGUAAUGAGUUAUUGAAGCAGGAUUUAUAAAACAGGGCACCUCUCAGACUAUGAACAGGGUGUCUGAGUGUGUGUAGCCAGGGAACCUGCCGGGAGGAGAGGCCAUUAGCUCGGAAAGCCCGGGCUUAGCAACACUGCAUUGCCACUGUGACACAUAGUAGUUGUAUUUAUCUGCUCAUCUCCAUUGUUCUAUCGUCUAUAGAGUAAUGAUUCUGAUGCUAACCAUGCAUAUAAUGACAUUUCCUUAAGAUAUGUGUCUCCCCUGGCAACAAGACAGAGGGUCGUGCUUGAUGUACGUGACGAACGGUGCGUCCUCUCUGUGAGACGUGACAGUGAUAUGUGCAGAGAUCUGGUGUUCCGGAAGGUGUUUUACAAAUAUUUGUGGUAUGCUCGCGGCUUCCCCGAGAUGCUCAACCUGUCGGAUUGUGUUUCAUUUUGCUGUCAGUGAGACCUGUGUAUGACGGGAAACUUCAGGUCAUCAGGUGUACAGUUCUCCUCAACCUGAAUAUAUGAUUGACAGCAGUGAUAACAUGCAAAUCAGAAUGGUUUAUUUGGUACUCGUAAUGUGAAUUAUUAUUUAUAUUUUUUAUUGUUGUUAUUAUUGAAACAUCCCAUGUGAUAAACUCUCGUGUCCCUGUGUUCCCUUGUGAAUUGGUCCCAAAUCUCCCGAAGGCAUCUAAUGGUGAGUGCAUAAAUCAAUGGUGCUGCCUGACCUUUUUACACCAACCGCGCCACAAUGGAUACCUCCUAUUAGCCCUUAAUUGGGUUUGCAAAUGCCUAACUUAAUUUCACUUUGGAUGCAGGAAACAUGCAGGAGGAAGGUGAUGUCAUUUAUGAAGCUGUGGAAACAAUCUUAAAGUUGAGCGGAAUUCAGUGCCCGUUGAAUCAUUACUGGGUGAGCUCACUGCUUAAGCGAGUUUAACCGUGUCUAUGUUUGCUCAGGCAGUCAAAGUUUAUUAUUUUUUGGCUUGCUAAGACAAACCUUGACUAGAGUGACAUUGAACUUAAGGAAUUUGAACUUUGCGCAAAUAAGAUGUGACAUGUGGAAGCUAAGCAUUUAAUUAAUUAUUUAUUGGAAAAACAAAUGUUAAUGGGGGUUACCCGUAGGAGGCAUCCACCGGCAUCAUGUAACAUGAAAACAUCCCGAUUAAUUUCAGAAACCAUGUCUUUGAAUGAAGAUUUCUGAAAUUAUAACUGGGGAGGUGUGAUAUGUCGUUAUUUAAUGGACUGCCAAAUCGGCAGUCCAUAAAUCAACAACGUAUCUGAUAUUAUUUCUGAAAUGAAAAAAAGGGACAUUAUAUAUUUUGUCUAUUUUUAUCAUGAUAUUUUUGUAGUUAAAUAUUGGGAUAAACACAGAAUAUAGAACGAACAAAUAAGGUAUUGUCCUAUAUUGUAUUGUUUAUGAUCAGUCCGCUUAUGGUAUAAAGUAGAUGGACCCUGUAGUGGCCUGCGUCGCAGCCUAUCAGACCAACACAAGACUACAGCUGCAUGGAAAUUAAUAUUUAUGAGCAAGCUAGAACAUUUGCCAUUAAAUAAAUCGAUCUAUCACUAUAAAUAAAUAUAUAUAUAUCAGAUAACACAAAUUGUAUCUUCACAUUUGGUCAGAUGACAUGUGCUGUGUCUCCAAACCAAAGGGAUUUCCAAUUUAUUGGGUUUAAUUACUUUUUAGCUCUAAAACUUGAAUUACAGGGAGACGUUGGAAACGGGGUAAACAACUCUUUGGGCCCUAUUUUAACGGUCUGAAACGCAAGUGAGAAGCGCCAAGCGCAAGUAGCUUUGUGGGCGGUUCUAUGGCAAUGUCGCUAGUUUACCGGCGCAGAAAUGACUCAUGCGCCCGGCGCAAAUCUAAAAAGGGUUGGUCUGAAGUAGCCAAAUUACCCGUUGGUGGGGUUUGGGUGUAACGUGCAAUAUACCAAUGAGAGUGCCAGCUCCCAUCCCUUUUAAGAGCCAUGAGCGCAUUUGAAUUUGACGAGUUGAUAUUUUGACAGAGCUUCUCACAGUCUCCGAUGAGAC